GCCCCCCUGAGGCCCAUGACAGGGAUCCAAGAGGGCUCCAGGCAGCUUGGACCGACCUUGCUGCCCUCCCCCCUUUCCAGGUUCCCUUCCCAUAUGGCCCAUCCGCUCUGCCUCAUCGAGAACCGCCCGGGCGGGAGGCUGGUGCUGCGAGAGGAGGCCCUGGCGGUCCUGCAGCGCAUCCGGCAGCCGGUGGUGGUGGUGGCCAUUGUGGGGCUCUACCGGACCGGGAAGUCCUACCUCAUGAACCGCCUGGCGAGCCAGCAGAAGGGCUUCUCCCUGGGGUCCACGGUGCAGGGCAAAACCAAGGGCAUCUGGAUGUGGUGCCGCCCCCAUCCCCAACGGAGUGACCACACUCUGGUGCUGCUGGACACGGAGGGCCUGGGGGACACAGGGAAGGGCAACACGCAGAACGAUGCCUGGAUCUUUGCGCUGGCCAUCCUGCUGAGCAGCACCUUGGUCUACAACAGCAUGGGCACCAUUGACCAGAACGCCCUGGAGAAGCUCCAGUAUCCUUCCCUUGGGGGUGACACAGAGCAGAUCAGAAGGUGCAACGAGCCCCGGUUGUGCAUCCGCAAGUUCUUUCCUUCCCGGAAGUGCUUCACUUUUGUCUGGCCAACUACCAUGAAUAACUUGCAGCGGCUGGAGGAGCUGCAGGAGGAAGAUUUGGAAGAGAGGUUCCGGGAAGCAGUGGCCCGUUUCUGCAAACACAUCUGGGAGACCUCCAAGUGCAAGAUGGUCCCCGGGGGCCAACCCGUGACGGGAGCCAAGCCCGACUUUGUGGAGCAGGCCGACCAUUUCUGCAACUACAUCUAUGGGACAUCCAAGGAGAAGACCCUCCUGGGGGGCAUGUGUUCACUGGGCACCGUGAGUCCGUCCUGCCCUCCCACCCUCCUUCCUCUGAGCUGA